GGGUUCGUGCUGCUGUCCCUCGGCGUCGGAAUCAAGCCGAUUUCCGCAGUCUCCGCAGGACCAAUCUAUCAUAUGCCCCUCUGCUGUACAUACUGUGCAAGUACAAUCCGUACUCCGUACUGUAACCUUAUCGCAGAUAUGGCGCGCUGAAAGAUUCGCCUCUUGAUGUCGUCAUUGGGCCCCUGAAACGACGAACUUGCCUGGCUGCUCAGGUCAGUCGGUUCGCUUCGGCAAAGGAGCCCACGAUAUGAUCAUUGCUUUGUUUACUCUUCCUCCACAUCCAUUUGCAAACAGUUUCGCUUCUUGUUGGGAGCUAUUAAAGGCUCUUUUUGCUGUGUUAUCAAGUAGCUUGAAUCAUGCUGCCGCAGGCCGGAGGAGAUCACCGCGAUAACCCUAACCCUCCUAUUCUGUUGCCCAGGAACGCCAGGGAAAAAAAAAUGAUUUUGGCCCAAAUUCAACGACCCCUCCAUCUUCCAUGGUCCCGUCGUUGAAUGCUGCCCACCUUCCCGCCAACGAACCUUUUGAGAGUCGCAUUCCUCCCACAGCAGACCUCCAGAACAACUCAACCAUGGCCAACACAUCUCUCCCCGAUCCGGGUACGCAAUUUUCUCCCCCUUUCUUCUGAAGAAUAACACCUUCCGCGCUAACCAUGACUUCGCCCCAAAGCCACUUGCCAAUCCACCUUCGAGCAAGGCGUCGCCCUCUCGCUGCACCUCUGGGAAGCCCUCACCCUCGCCGUGCAGAACAACUGGGGCGGGCCGGACUCGGCCGACAAGCGCGACUGGUUCGCGGGCGCCAUCGUCGACCUCUUCCCGGACGUCUCCAAGCUCACCCCCGCGCAGCUGCAACAAAAGACGGCACAGCAACAACAGCAACAACAACGACAACAACAACAACAACAACCACCACAACAACAACAUGGCGGGCAGCAGGAUGGCGCGAGCACCGAGGAGCCCGAUCAGGAAGACGUUGAGACUGUCCUGCUCCAGGUCAUGCUCGACGAGUUCGAGGUCAACGUGGACGACGACUCGGCGUUCGAAGUAGCCGAGCAGGUGGUGCGGCUGCGCGGCGAGUGUCUUCGGGGCAAGUUUGACGGCGUGGAGGCGCUGCGGCGGCGGUGGGAGAGCCGCAAGGGGAACAAGGUCGUGUUCAAGAAGGCCGAGGACCAGGAUGACGAGACGGAUUGGGAUUCGGAUGACGACGGCGCCGACGGCGACGAGGAUGAGGAUGUCGAGAUGGACGAUGCGCCGCCUGUGGCUGCCCCACCGCGGAGGGAGAGACAGGAGCCCGAGGUGGACGAGGACGGGUUUACCAAGGUUACAAGGAAGAAGAGGUAGAGAGCCCCAGGGGG